GGACUGUUCAUUACCUCGAGCUAAACCUCCAUACCGCCUGGUGACUAUUGCGAUCUCUGAAAUUGAGAUUCGUUCGUAGUACCGGACGGUUUGGCUACGAAUUGAAUUGAAUUGAAUUAAGAGGUUGUGGACUCUGCCCCCCCUCAUCGUUGGGCCAAUGGGUGGCAACGAUUGUUGGCAAUAAGUCGGCCAGCUGGUUUAUUUACAGUUGAGAGCGUGAGCUUUGCCGCCAUAAGCUCCAACAACGGCUAAGAGGGCAGCAGGUCGGGGGUUUAAAACCCACUGCAGUAAGCAGAGACCUGACGGUCAAUAGUACCGAUAAACUGAACAGUCCAUUGUCCGGCACAUAAUGACACAAGAACAGAAGAAAUGGUUCGAAGACCUAUUGGAACCUCCUAGUGCGCCUUUUCAAGGCGAUUGGUCAGAAAGACGGAAGGCAAUGGCUGAUGCCAUAAUUGGAAAAAAUCUGGAUGCAAAGAAAAUUACUGUAUUGGUGGACAAACUGCUGGAACCAAAUAUUAAUUUGGCAAGUAUUGGAACUCCUGGUCGAGAAGAAAGAAAAUGGAUUGUAAAUAUAUGGCCCAUUAUCUAUGGACAAGAUCGUGCAGUCGUAGGACUAAUGCUAAAAGAUAUUUUGAGUGAAGAAAUGCAGAAGAAACAUGCUGAUAAAGAUAUUAGUCAAAUUGAAUCUUUAGAUUCAACAAACUGGGAUGAGCAACAAUUGUUAUUUCAAGCUGAAAAACUUGUUAAAGAUCUUACUUACUACUCAACUACUGAGAUUUCUAAGGUAAACAAGAGUGCUACAAACUAUAUGCUUCCAAGAAUUGUGGAAUUAAAAGGAUUAGUAGACAGAGUAUUACUUGAUAAUGCAAAAAUGAAGGGUAUUAUUGAAACCCAACAACAGAUGGCCUCACGAGCUGUUACUGCUGGACCAACUUAUUCAUCUACCUUGAUAAGUGGGAAAAUUGACGAAACAACAGAAUGGCCUAUGUUGAAGCCAAAGAAGGAAAUUGUGUUUGUUCUUCCUGAAAAGGAAGAUCAAACAAGUGAAGGUACAAAAAAGGAUCUUCUAAGAAUAAUUAAUCCUAUCAAAGAGAAAAUGCAGUUCCAGAGUAUUCGGAAGAUCUCAAGAGGAGGGAUUCUUAUAGAAUCUGAAGAUAAGGAAACUAUUGCGAAAUUAUUGAAGGAUGAAAGAUUCAAGAAAUCGGGGAUUCGGGUUGAAAAACCUAAGUCAAGGGGUCCAAAAAUUAUAAUUUUUGAUGUGCCCAAAGAGUAUGACUCUAAAAAUUUUUCAGAAGACCUUUAUGAACAAAAUCUCUCAGAAAUGGAUAUUUCUAAGGAAGAGUUUAUCAAAGAUUUCCAAGUAAGAACUAAACGUGUACGUAAGGAUAAUACAGACAGAAUACACAUGAUAGUAGAGAUAACACCUAAAAUAAGAAGUCUUCUGAAGAGAAAAUCAUCUAUAUAUAUUGGAUUUUCAUCAUGCCAUUUUAAGGACUUCAUAUCUGUAUCUCGCUGUUAUAAAUGCCAAUCAUAUGGUCAUAUAGCCUCUAAAUGCCAUGGAAAUUUAACCUGUUCGAUAUGCAGCGAACAGGGACAUAAAUAUCAGGAAUGUGGAAAGAAACAAGAUGGUGAUAAAUGUAUUAAUUGUAGAAAGGAAAAUCGGGAAUAUUGUCACAGAGUAGAUUCUACGGAAUGCCCGGUAUAUAAAAGAUUUCUCAAAAAAGAACAAGAAAAGAUAACAUAUGAAUAGACAACAAAUUAUUAAAAUUGGACAGUUGAACAUGCAAAGAUCUGCUGUGGUAACUAAUGAAUUAAUUCAAAUUGCUCAAGACAAGGAUCUUGAUAUUCUAAUGCUUCAAGAAUCAUAUUGUGUUCGUGGGAAGAUUGUUGGCAUACCUGGCAAGAUAAUAUGUGCAGGUGAACAUCCUCAAGCUGCUAUUUGGAUUCGAAAUCAAAGAUUAACCUGUAUGCCAUUAGCAGGACUGACAAAUCAAUACCAUGUAUGUUUAUUAGUCGAUUGUGGAAUCUUUAAGAUUAAUCUGGUUUCUUCAUAUUUUAAAUUUUCAGAUGAUAUAUCAGUACAUCUGGAACAUUGGCAGAAGAUAAUGGAUGUACUUAAGAAAUCUAGAGUAUUAUUCUCUGCUGAUUUAAAUGCCAAAUCUGCAUUAUGGAACUCUCCUAUUACAGAUGAUAAGGGAGAAGAAGUUAACAAUCUACUUAUUGCAAAUGAACUAGAAGUAUUAAAUAGAGUUGGCACACUCCCUACAUAUGUUUCACCGGCAUGGGAUACUGAGACUUAUAUUGAUGUAACUAUUUGCGACAGAAGGACUUAUCCUAAGAUUUCGGAGUGGACUGUAUGCCAGGAGAGUAGUAGUGAUCAUCGAUUAAUUCUAUUUCAAAUAAACCUGGAUGCUGAAGAUGUAAUAUAUCAAGCCUAUAGGAAAAGAUACUCUCAUAGAGCUAUUAACUGGCGGUUAUUUGAUAAGGAUUUAUGCAGAAGAUCGCAAAUAUUACUGGAAGAUACUCCUGACGAUAUAGAAUUAUUUGUUCAUAAUGUAACUGCAUUAAUAAUUGAACUAUUUGAAAAAUACUCUAAAGUUCUGCACCCCAAAAGCCCUGAACAUCCCUGGUGGGAUGAUGAACUUGAGAAACUAAGGAUCAAACUUAAAAAUUUAAGAAGAAAAUUGAAACAGAUGUGGACUUAUGAAGUAAUGCACACACUUAAAGAAAAUUAUAAAGAUACGAAGAAAAAAUACAAGAUGUUAA